AUGUCGUCUGCGGUCGGCUUCCUGUCCUGCUGCAAGGUGAAGGUGGGCUUCCCUUCCUGCUGCAAGGUGAAUGUGGGCUUCCUGUCCUGCUGCAAGGUGAAUAUCAGCUUCCUGUCCUGCUGCAAGGUGAAUAUCAGCUUCCUGUCCUGCUGCAAGGUGAAGGUGGGCUUCCUGUCCUGCUGCAAGGUGAAGGUCGGCUUCCUGUCCUGCUGCAAUGUGAAGGUCGGCUUCCUGUCCUGCUGCAAGGUGAAGGUGGGCUUCCUGUCCUGCUGCAAGGUGAAGGUCGGCUUCCUGUCCUGCUGCAAGGUGAAGGUCGGCCUCCUGUCCUGCUGCAAGGUGAAGGUCGGCCUCCUGUCCUGCUGCAAGGUGAAGGUGGGCUUCCUGUCCUGCUGCAAGGUGAAGGUGGGCUUCCUGUCCUGCUGCAAGGUGAAGGUCGGCCUCCUGUCCUGCUGCAAGGUGAAGGUCGGCUUCCUGUCCUGCUGCAAGGUGAAGGUGGGCUUCCUGUCCUGCUGCAAGGUGAAGGUCGGCUUCCUGUCCUGCUGCAAGGUGAAGGUGGGCUUCCUGUCCUGCUGCAAGGUGAAGGUGUGCUUCCUGUCCUGCUGCAAGGUGAAGGUGGGCUUCCUGUCCUGCUGCAAGGUGAAGGUAGGCUUCCUGUCCUGCUGCAAGGUGAAGGUGGGCUUCCUGUCCUGCUGCAAGGUGAAGGUGUGCUUCCUGUCCUGCUGCAAGGUGAAGGUGUGCUUCCUGUCCUGCUGCAAGGUGAAGGUGGGCUUCCUGUCCUGCUGCAAGGUGAAGGUGUGCUUCCUGUCCUGCUGCAAGGUGAAGGUCGGCUUCCUGUCCUGCUGCAAGGUGAAGGUGUGCUUCCUGUCCUGCUGCAAGGUGAAGGUGUGCUUCCUGUCCUGCUGCAAGGUGAAGUUGUGCUUCCUGUCCUGCUGCAAGGUGAAGGUGGGCUUCCUGUCCUGCUGCAAGGUGAAGGUGUGCUUCCUGUCCUGCUGCAAGGUGAAGGUCGGCUUCCUGUCCUGCUGCAAGGUGAAGGUGUGCUUCCUGUCCUGCUGCAAGGUGAAGGUGGGCUUCCUGUCCUGCUGCAAGGUGAAGGUGUGCUUCCUGUCCUGCUGCAAGGUGAAGGUGUGCUUCCUGUCCUGCUGCAAGGUGAAGGUGUGCUUCCUGUCCUGCUGCAAGGUGAAGGUGGGCUUCCUGUCCUGCUGCAAGGUGAAGGUCGGCCUCCUGUCCUGCUGCAAGGUGAAGGUCGGCUUCCUGUCCUGCUGCAAGGUGAAGGUGGGCUUCCUGUCCUGCUGCAAGGUGAAGGUGGGCUUCCUGUCCUGCUGCAAGGUGAAGGUGUGCUUCCUGUCCUGCUGCAAGGUGAAGGUGUGCUUCCUGUCCUGCUGCAAGGUGAAGGUGUGCUUCCUGUCCUGCUGCAAGGUGAAGGUGUGCUUCCUGUCCUGCUGCAAGGUGAAGGUGUGCUUCCUGUCCUGCUGUAAGGUGAAGGUGUGCUUCCUGUCCUGCUGCAAGGUGAAGGAGGUUUAA